UAUUUGAGUUGUUCUUUGAUAAUAUUAGGAUUUUGUAAUUCGGUUAUUUCAAAAAAUGAAUCGAACAUUUUACGAUUGAGUAAACCUCAGAAAAUUGUAUCAACAGAAGUGAAAAAUAAUGUCAGUGAUUAUCAAGAAGAAAUAAACGAAAUGAAAUCUCACGUUGGAUUCAGCAAGGACAAUCCUGAAUUAUAUUGGCAAAAUCACGUUAAGAUUUCAGCUGAGAAUGAAGAAUUAUCUAAAGAUUUGGAUGUUAAUUUUAUGGAAGAUAAAAUCGAGAGUACUGCGAACAGCAUUCAAUGGCUCUCGGAUUUAUACGAUCCUCUUAAAUGGAAGAGAGUACCCGGAAAACUUGAGAAUGAAUGUAGGAAGGAUAUGAAUUCGUUUCUCAAGUCCCUUAAAGAAGGAAAACUUUGGGCUGCUAAAAUGUCCGACGCAAGCGGCCGAUAUUCCUCACAAUUCUAUUUUGGAAAUGGUUUUUGGUUGGGUUCUAAUACACUCUGCAAAGAGAUCAACAUUACGAAAGAGAAAAAUCUAACGGGUGGAACGGAAAGUGUACCACCAUAUAAAGUCAACUUUCACGUAGCUAGGAUCUACUUGACUUUGCCUAAGGAACUUGAAUUACCGCCACGACAAGUAUUUUUGGGUUUAUGCUUGCCAAGUUCGUGCGAUCGACAAUCCUUGACUUCGAUGUUAAGAGCCAAUGCAGAUCGAGUCGAAUUAGAGGGUAACUUUACAUAUCGAUCGGUUGGCCCGAAGAUUCACAUUUUCACGGUGAAACCAGUGCCGUUAAGCGACUACACCGUUUGGCAAGACCCCAAAUUUUACGUGCUAACUACCAUCGGAGGAGGUAUAGUUCUUUUAAUGAUAUGUGCAGCAAUUUACGAACAAAAUAUUGUCAUAGAAAGCAUUGAUAUCGAAUCUUCAAGUGGAACGAACAAUAACGAAAAAGUUAUUAAUUUUGUGGAUAAAAAUUUAACACAGGACAGUUGUAUUUCUAUAGUACAAGAAAAUGGUGAAGAAUUGAUCGACAAAGUAUCGAAUAAUAUACAAAAAAAGGAUUUAAAUACUCAGAUAAAGAAUAUCAACGAGAAAGAAUUUUGGGUGAAGUGUCUAUUAGCUUUCAGUCCAACUAUAAAUGGUGGAAAAAUUAUCAGCACCGAACCAGCUGCCAGAGACAGUUUGACCUGUCUUCAUGGUCUUCGAGUCUUUUCAUUAGGUUGGGUCGUAAUGGUUCAUACGUAUCUACAAGUUUUUGCUAUAGCAGAUAAUAAAACGCUGCGAACCAUCACCGAGAGGAACUUUAUGUUUCAGACGAUCAGCAAUGCUACUUUUUCGGUUGAUACGUUUUUUUUCAUCAGCGGUCUUUUGGUUACAAUAUUGUUCUACCGAUCAUUGGGUAGUUUGAAAAUCGAUAAAAGCGAUUUCUUCAAAACUAGCACAAGCAAGUUCAUCGUCAUGAUUCUUUACAGAUUUGUUAGAUUGACACCGGCUUAUCUCUUCGUUCUUGGGAUAAACGAAAUCUCUAUAAAACAAGUUGUAGCAAGAACCGUUUACACACCGGAAAAUGCUAAUCAUUUGAACUGCGAACAAUUUUGGUGGAGAAAUGCACUAUACUUGAAUUCACUUUAUCCUAGAAAAGAGAUGUGUAUGCUUUGGAGUUGGUAUAUGUCAAACGAUACUCAAUUUUACGUACUUGGUAUAAUACUUCUUUUGUUAUCAGUGAAGUAUAAAAAAAUGGCAAUCAGUUUGGUGAUAUUUCUGAUAAUAUCUUCUUGCUUCACCACCUUCUCCGUAGCUUAUACGAAUGAUUAUGUUGCAAGGAUUCAAGAACCGUUUGCACUGUUCGAUGAACUCUACGAUAAACCAUGGUUAAGAGCUGGACCAUAUUUCAUCGGUACGAUUACGGGUUAUUUAUUGUUCAAGACUAACUGCAAAAUCGAAUUAUCUUUGUAUAUUAAGUUGACAGGUUGGUUGCUGUCAGGAUUGAUAAUGUUCUCAGUUGUGUACGGCUUAUAUCCAGCUAAUUUAACGGUAGCGGUGAGUUCCAUUUACGCGGCCUUGGGUCACACUGCUUGGGCACUUGCAGUGUCCUUCAUCGUGAUACAGUGUUGUACAGGCUCAGCUAAAAUGAUAGACAAUCUUCUGUCCCUGAGGUUGAUGUAUCCUCUAUCGCGACUAACUUAUUGCGCUUAUUUGAUUCACCCUGUCAUCAUGAUGAUCACCGCUGGUCAAAUGGAUGGCCCGUUGCACCUUCAUAAUGGGAUUGUGCUCAUCGUUUACUUUGGCAACCUUGUCGCAUCCUACCUCGUGUCAUUUUGCAUUUCCAUCGCUUUGGAGGCACCCGUUGUAAGCCUUUUGAAGAUUUUCUUUACUGGAAAAAGACGGAUGAGAUAGAAGAGGGUCACAUACAAAUUUUAUUGGUCGUCGGUCCUCGUCAGCUGUGA